CAGUCAGUGAGUUCUUUAAAGAUGGCCGGAGCGGUGGCGACCGCGACCCCUGUGUACUGUGUUUGCCGGGAGCCCUACGAUGUGAGCCGCUUCAUGAUCGAGUGCGACAUCUGCAAGGACUGGUUCCACGGCAGCUGUGUCAAGGUAGAGGAGCACCAUGCUGUUGAUAUUGAUCUGUACCACUGUCCCAACUGUGCAGUUCUGCAUGGACUAUCCUUAAUGAAGAAGAGGAGGAACUGGCACAGACAUGACUACACAGAGUUUGAUGAUGGUUCCAAACCAGUCCAAGCUGGAACACGGACUUUCGUUAAACAACUGCGGGCUCGCUCAUUCCCAAGUGCUGAUGAAAUCAUUUUGAAAAUGCAUGGCAGCCAGCUGACACAAAGAUACCUGGAGAAACAUGGGUUUGAUGUCCCUAUUAUGGUUCCUAAAUUAGACGGUCUUGGGCUCAGACUCCCUCCCCCUACUUUCUCCGUUUUGGAUGUGGAACGCUAUGUAGGUGGCGACAAAGUAAUAGAUGUAAUUGAUGUGGCAAGGCAGGCAGACAGUAAAAUGAAGCUUCAUAAUUAUAUUAAGUAUUUCAUGAAUCCUGAUCGACCAAAAGUAUUAAAUGUGAUCAGUCUGGAGUUUUCAGACACAAAGAUGUCUGAAUUGGUGGAAGUCCCUGACAUUGCCACAAAGCUUUCGUGGGUGGAAAACUACUGGCCAGAUGACUCCGUCUUCCCCAAGCCUUUUGUUCAGAAAUAUUGCUUGAUGGGAGUUCAGGACAGCUACACUGAUUUUCAUAUUGAUUUUGGGGGCACGUCAGUCUGGUACCAUGUUCUGUGGGGUGAGAAGAUCUUCUACUUGAUCAAACCUACUGAUGAAAAUCUGGCUCUCUAUGAAUCUUGGAGUUCCUCUGUCACCCAGAGUGAAGUGUAUUUUGGGGAUAAGGUAGACAAAUGUUAUAAAUGUGUGGUGAAACAAGGACAUACCUUAUUUGUUCCUACAGGCUGGAUUCAUGCUGUGCUCACAUCUCAGGACUGUAUGGCUUUUGGAGGAAACUUUUUGCACAACCUCAAUAUUGGCAUGCAGCUCAGGUGUUAUGAAAUGGAGAAAAGGCUAAAAACCCCAGAUCUUUUCAAAUUCCCUUUCUUUGAAGCCAUCUGUUGGUUUGUGGCCAAAAACUUACUGGAAACUUUGAAAGAACUGCGGGAAGAUGGUUUCCAGCCCCAGAACUUCUUAGUCCAAGGAGUGAAGGCUUUACUUAGUGCUUUAAAGUUAUGGAUGAAAAAAGAACUUGUAACAGAACAUGCCUUUGAAAUUCCUGACAAUGUUAGGCCUGGGCAUCUUAUUAAAGAACUCUCUAAAGUGAUUCGCUCUGUAGAGGAGGAGAACAGCAAACCAGUUAAAACUCAGGGAAUUCUUGGUAUGUGCCCAGUUUCCUCACAUGAAGCAACCUCUCCUCACCAUUCCAGAAGAAAAGUGAGGAAACUGCGAGAUCAUACGAUCAAAGUUCCUUCUAAUCUGGAUAUCCUGGAGCUCCACACAAGGGAGGUACUCAAAAGGCUGGAGAUGUCCCCAUGGGAGGAGGACAUAGCAAACUCUAAACUGAAUGGAAGAUUUAACAAGCCCUUUCAGCCAUCUUCUACAGUACCUGAAUGGAGAACAAAGGACAAUGAUCUACGCCUUCUGCUUUCAAAUGGAAGAAUCAUCAGAGAUGAGCGACGACCAUUUACAGAUCGAAGUCUUUACACGGCAGACAGUGAGGAUGAGGAUGACAGGACGAGGUCAAAAAAGACAAAGACUAUUAAGAUGGAAGACCAGAGCUCAGGGUUGGAAGGACAAGGGACUGCAGAUGCCCAGAAACCACUGAACAUGUUCUUUGAAAGUGUGAAAUCAGAACUCAGGAAUGGAUCCUCAGAGUACUCUGAUAUUUCUGAUUCAGAAGAAUCUGAGCCUGAUUGCACUACCCAGCUAAAUAAUUCCUCUACAGAGGAGUCAGAAAGCUCAGGUGAUGAAGAGAAACAGGAGGUAACAUCAAAUUUCAAGGAGGAAACUAAGAUGAUAAGGGACCUCUGUCAAACUACCCAGAAGCCAUCUAAAAAUGAAACUCCAAGUAAAGGGGAAUGUCCUACCUCGACAAGUACAGAAGAAGAAGCUAUUCAGGGCAUGCUUUCUAUGGCAGGAUUGCACUAUACCACAUGUUUACCAGGUCAUACACAAAGCACAGACUGCACAGAUAAAAGAACCUCUCAUCAGGAACACAGAAGUUACCCCAGAAGUAAGCAUAAGGACAGGCAGCCAUCCCAGAGUCAUAAAACAGAAUGUGGUAAGCACACGAGGGAAGAGGAAAGAAGCGUGGGGACUUCAAUAUGGGCAAGACAGCUAAAUGCAGCUUCCAGGGUUACCCCUCAGGAUACAAGUAAAGCUCAGAAAUAUAUUAAGAAGGAGGGUGCAUCAGAAGCUAGUCAUAAGGUUCAGGAGAAUAGAAAUUUUACACACAGCAAUGGCUUGAGCUUCCAACAUGGCAAGUGCACGCGGGACUCGACCCUGAUCCAAGGGGAGUGUCGGUUGAGUGACGGCAGCCUCAGCCCUGAUAGGCCAUAUGGUGAGACAUCCUUGUCUAUACCCCUUCACCCAACCAAGAGGCCAGCGUCAAAUCCACCCCCUAUCAGCAACCAGGCCACAAAAGGCAAGCGUCCAAAGAAAGGAAUGGCAACUGCCAAACAGCGCCUUGGGAAGAUCCUUAAGCUGAACCGAAAUGGCCAUGCACGCUUCUUUGUUUGAUGUAGCUGCUACUGCUGCUGCUGUCUUUCCUUCACAGCCAG